AUGGACCGGGUCCGCGCGGUGCUCUACCUGUCCGUGCUCCUGUCGGUGGCCACAGCUGUUUUAACUUCUCGCUCAGAGGACCCCCAAGAGCUGCGAGAUCCCGAGGAACAGCGAGACCAUCGAGACCCCUACUACCGCUUCAGCACCGACGGUCUGGCGGAGCUGCUUCAGGAAGAAGAUCUUUCGGUGGAGAAGAGAGCCAGCAUCAUCCCACGGUGUGACAUGGGCGAGCGAUGCGCCAUGAAGCACGGACCUCGCAUCGGGCGUCUGUGUGACUGCCUGAGAGGAGCCGCCUGCAACACCUUCUUCCUGCGGUGCUACUGA